AUGUCUGACGCCACAUUACUACAAACAAUCAACAAGAUGGAUGCAUCCUCAAAUGAAAUGUCAAUUAGACCUGAGAAAAUUGUCGACUCUAAAUUACAAAUUCACAAAUAUUGUGUGCCAUAUUUAAAUGAAGAAAAGAUUUACAUUUUGGUGAUCAUCAAUGCAACAACAAAUCAAGUUUGGGUGUGGAUUGGAUCCCAAGAAGCCCCUACUUUUAAAUAUCUUUCUAUUGCUAUGCAAUCUCGAUUGUCUCCGACACCAAUUUGUACUUCAGUAAUUGGACACUCUUCAAUGGGCCUUCCUUCCAUUAGUUCUAGUAUUGCCGAGAGGCUUACCAUGAAAUUUAAACGAGUGUUCAUUGUGAGUUACAAUUUGAAGGAAGAUCAAGAUGGACAGUUACAAUUGUUCGCAGAAAAGAAUGUUUUUGAUAUAUUCAAAAAACUGCUCAAUUAA